AUGGACGCCGAACAGCGCAUGGCCACCGACCCUGUUGCAGCCUAUCACCAGAUGCUGCGCGCUGUGGACCACAUGAAGCACGCCGGGCAGCCAGACCACAUGAAGCAGGCGGGCGUGCAUCCAACCCACGCCACGUUCAGCGUCGUCAUCGAUGCGGCGGGAUUUGCCGGCCUGCCGCACGAGGCCGAGCGCCAGUUCGACGCCAUGACUUCGCUCCACGGCCUCCACCCUCAAGCCAACCAGUUCACGUCGCUCAUCGAGGCGCUGGCCCGCAACGGCCAGCUCGACAAGGCCGAGGCCGUUCUCGACUCGCUCGCAGCGCGCCAGCCCACUUCGGCGCUGAAGCACGACCGCCUCACGGCCAAGAGCUUCAACACGCUGCUCGGGUUCUGCCUCGGCGCCGGCGACGCAGCACGAGGCCAGCGUGUGGCGGCCAAGAUGCACCAGGCCGGCGUCGAACCCGAUGACGUCACCCAGGCCAGGCUGCGCGACCUGGCCAAGCUGUGUGAGCGCCGUGGCGGACACACCGGCGGGUAG